UUAGUAUUUAUUUUCACAACGCAUCAUGGUUGGUGUGAAGAUCUCGAGCAGUCCUGAACCACUGCCCUCCUCCCUCGCAUGCAACCCAUCCUCACCAUAGACUAGUCCAUCUAACCCACGCAUAGAAACUUCCCCGUUACCAUCAAGCGACCGAGCUGUGCUGUGCCUUGGUUCGAUCUUUGGUUUGAUUCAACUGAGAUCCCAAGCAAGCUACAAGCAAGGGAAGAUUAGCAUUAUCGUUUAGACAGCAUAGACGCAAAACAUGGUGUCAAUGCAAAGAACAGGGAGUUCAACCCCAUCUUCCACGCAAUUGGCGGGGUAUCUGCCCGUUGGAAUCCUCCUCCUUCUUCUUUGUGCGCUUGUGCCCUAUGUCUUGGAAGACCAUUAUUACCAUAGGGACUCCACGUUGCAUCACAUUGACGCCGCCAUGAUUGGAAAAAAGAAGGUCAUGGACAAGCAGCCAAUAUCGGACGUCCAGAAGAAGGAGACACCCGAGGAACCGAAAACGGAAGGAGAAGCAGACGAGUCAGAGUCAAUCCAAUGCCCCUAUAAAAGCAUUGACGAUUUGACCGAAGAAGAGCAUCAUCCUGUCAAAGGAAAAAGACACACGGUCACACCGCCACAAGGAGGCUCUCUACAUUUAGUGUGCUGUCAAACCACCAAAGGUCCCGUCAAUGCACUCGUUCAUGAGAAAUGGGCCCCAUUGGGCGCCAAGCAUUUCCUGGACAUGGUCAAAAGUGACUACUUUUCAUCCACCGUGCCCCUCAUGCGAUGUGUCAAGGGAUUCAUAUGUCAGUUUGGAUUGAAUGGGGAUCCCAAACUCAACAAAAUGUGGAGGCACGGCUUUCCAGACGAUCCCAAUUGGCUGCCGGAAGGACCCACCAACCGAAAAAAUGAAGAUGGAGUCUUUCGCUUUGCUCAUGGAUACCUGGCAUAUGCCGGAGGAGGCAAGAACUCUAGAGGAAAUCAAUUUAUCGUGGCACUCAAACCCAACCAAAAGCUGGCAGGUGGAUCUCCCUGGGAAGUUCCAUGGGGAGAAUUGGUGGGAGAACAUUCCUUUGACACGUUUUCCAAAGUCUACACGGGCUACGGUGAAAAAGGUCCGCCACAAGGGAAACUUUCCAAUCAGGGUGUGACGGAAGAGCUCAAACAACAAUUCCCACUCUUGGAUUAUGUUACUGGUUGCCGCAUUGUGGAUGAACGGGUGGAAUGAGUCGAGUCGAGUGAAACCGAAUGUUACCAAUACAAAGAGCAAAAAUGAACAAGAAUGGUUGUUCUUUUGCGUGCUCCGUUCUGCCGGUAUGCAUCAUGUGCUGCUUGGAUUGUAGCAAUGGAUUCCUGAAAGUUUGAACGAAAGCCUUCCAGAAAACACACGAAGGCUUGCUACAAAUGAAAGAUCUAUAUUUGCAUGGGCCUGAACAAGGAGUGCGGAAGGAAACUGACUUGACAUUUGGGACAAUCGUAUCAAAUGUACGAUCAAACAGAAGUGUCGUUAGGCCUCCAGCAGAAUACGGCGGGAUCACCACAACCACCCUCAAAUUAUUGUUGCAGCGGCAAGUUGACGGCAACCUGUCGGCCAACAGAGGUAUUAAACUGCUCUAAAUCCAUUAGCAUCCAAGGGCUGACUAGAGCAUGCAUUUAUUAUUAGCUAGCUCAAAAGAUUCGAUUCCAUCCUGUCCA